CAAAAACCCCUUUUUCACCCCAUUUUGGGGUCGUUUUGUGGCUCGUUCAGCGCCGAGUUUGGGUUCGUGUGACACACCGAGGGGCAAAAUUGGGGGUUUCGGGACCAUCGGGACGCAGCGAUUUGGGGCGAAUUGGGCAAGAUUUGGGCUUGGAGCUGCCGAUUUAAUGAGCUUUGCUCGUUCUGUGGAUUAAUUACCGUGGGCAAUGAAGCUGGGGGUGCGGGUUUGGAGCCUCGUGUUCCUCCGCACCCCAAAUCGCUGAUGUGCACCAAAAAGGGGAUUUGGGGGGUGCAGUCUGAACCCCCGGCUGCUCCCCGGGUGGUUUGUUUGCUCAGGUUCGUUAACGGGUGACUAAUUAACACGGCACCUGACCCGGGCUGGGCUGAGGAAUGUGCGGCUUAACCCUUCGGCUCCCGCCCGGCGGCCACGUUUUGGGCUAAAACCGGCUCAUUUGGAGCGGCUUUGCCAUCCAAAGUCGUGAUUUGAUGAGUUUAACAUCCUGGGGAGCUCAAGAUAAGCCCAGCACUAAACCCGAGGGGCUUUGCCAUCCAGAAUUAAGAUUUAAUGAUCUUAAAACCUGCAGUUUGCAGUCCGGGGUGUCUCUGGGCAGCUCAACUCAACACUAAUCCCAGCACUAAACCUGGACCAUCUUUUCCAAUGUAUGUUAUAAUGUAAUGAUCUGAAAUCUGUAGGUACCAGUCCGUGGUGUCUCUGGGCAGCUCAGGAUAAUCCCAGCACUAAACCUGGAGCAUCUUUUCCCAUACAAAUUAAGAUCUAAUGGUUUUAAACCUUCAGUUUUCAGUGUGUGGUGUCUCUGGGCAGCUCAGGAUAAUCCCAGUUCUAAACCUCCAGGGUCUUUGCCAUCCAGAAUUACAGUUCUAUGGGGUUAAUGUCUCUGGGGAGCUCAAGAUAAUCCCAGUUCUAAACCCCAGGGUCUUUGCCAUCCAGAAUUACAGUUCUAUGGGUUUAGUGUCUCUGGGGAGCUCAAGAUAAUCCCAGUUCUAAACUAGAGCAUCUUUUCCGAUGUAUAUUAUAAUGUAAUGAUCUUUGGGUACCAGUCUGUGGUGUCUCUGGGCAGCUCAAUGAUAAUCCCAGUUCUAAACCUUGGGGGUCUUUUCCAUCCCAAAUUAUAAUCCAAUGCUUUUAAUGCCUCUGGGGAGCUCAAUGAUAAUCCAGCACUAAACCUGGAGCAUCUUUUCCAAUACAAAUUAAGAUCUAAUGGUUUUAAACCUUCAGUUUUCAGUGUGUGGUGUCUCUGGGCAGCUCAGCUCAACACUAAUCCCAGCACUAAACCUGGAGCAUCUUUCCCAUCCCAAAUUAAGACAUGAUGACUUUCAACCCUCGUUUCCCGGGACGCGGUGUCUCCAUGGACCCCUUUGCUUUCCCCCCCCCCAAACCCUCAGCUCACCUUGUUGUCCCUUUUAGUCCCCCCCAAGUCUUUUAAGCUCCUUCUCUGCAUGGAGCUCAAUGAUAAUCCAGUUCUAAACCUGGAGCAUCUUUUCCAAUGCAAGUUAUGAUUUAAUGAUCUGAAAUCUUUAGAUACUGGUCUGUGGUGUCUGUGGGCAGCUCAGCUCAACACUAAUCCCAGCACUAAACCUGGAGCAUCUUUCCCAUCCAGAUUAAGACGUGAUGAUUCUCAACCCUCGUCCACCGGACGCGGUGUCUCCAUGGACCCCUUUGCUUCCCCCCCCCCCAAAGCCCCAAUUCACCUUGCUGUCCCUUUUUUGCCCCCCCAGCUGUUCCUCAGCAUGUUCGGCAAGAAGAAGAAGCGGCUGGAGAUCUCGGCGCCGUCCAACUUCGAGCACCGCGUGCACACCGGCUUCGACGCGGCCGAGCAGCGCUUCACCGGGCUGCCGCGCCAGUGGCAGGGGCUGCUGGAGGAGUCGGCCAAGCGGCCCAAGCCGCUCGUGGACCCGGCCUGCGUCACCAGCAUCCGCAAACGCGGCCCCCAAGGUGGGACAUGGGGGGAAAUGGGCAUCCGCAACGCGGCCCCCAAGGGGCUGCUGGAGGAGUCGGUCAGAGCCCCAAGCCGCUCGUGGACCCGGCGUGUGUCACCAGCAUCCGCAACGCGGCCCCCCAAGGUGGGACAUGGGGGGAAACGGGGAGAAAAGAGGGUUCAUGGGCUGCUGGAGGAGUCGGCCAAGCGGCCCAAGCCGCUCGUGGACCCGGCCUGCGUCACCAGCAUCCGCAACGCGGCCCCCAAGGGGCUGCUGGAGGAGUCGGUCAGAGCCCCAAGCCGCUCGUGGACCCGGCGUGUGGCACCAGGAUCUGCAACGCGGCCCCCCCAAGAUACGGGGAGAAAUGGGGGUUCAUGGGCUGCUGGAGGAGUUGGUAAGAGACCAGAGCUGCUGGUGGACCCAGCGUAUGGCACCAGGAUCCGCAACGCGGCCCCAAGGUGGGACAUGGGGAGAAACGGGGGGAAACGGGGAGAAAAGAGGGUUCAUGGGCUGCUGGAGGAGUCGGCCAAGCGGCCCAAGCCGCUCGUGGACCCGGCGUGCGUCACCAGCAUCCGCAACGCGGCCCCCAAGAGCAUCGUGCGUGGCACGCAGGCCCCCCCGGCGGGCUCGCUGAGCUGGCUGCUGGAGGAGCUGGAGCACAUGUGCGUGUCCCGCUCCAACUCCCUGCGCCGCCACGGCCCCCCCAGCCCCCCCCCGCCCCGCAACGGCCUCCCCGCCGCCCCCCCGGCCGCCCAGGCGCCCCCCCCCGCCGCCAGGACCCCCCCCAGCCCCCCGCCCAGGGCGGGACGCGGCGCGACCCCCCCCGACAGGCGCCCCAAGUCGUCCUACGGGGCCGUGGACGCCGCGUGUCCCCCCCCCGCCCCGAACCGGGACAAGCGGCCGCUGUCCGGCCCCGAGAACGAGGGGGGGGCGAAGACGGCGUCGGGACGGCCCUUCAACACCUACCCCCGCAGCGACCCCCACCCCGGCUGGCACGGGGGGGCUCAGGCUGAGCCGCGAGCGCCGGAUCCUCCCCCCAACGGCCCCGCCCCCGCGGCGCCCCCGUCCCGCUCCGCCCCGCGCCCCAAGAACCCCGAGCCGGCCCCCCCCGAGCCGCCCCCCAGCGCGCCGCCCAGCGCGGCCGCCCCGGCGCGGGCCCGCUCGCCGCAGCGCGAGCCGCAGCGCGUGUCGCACGAGCAGUUCCGCGCCGCGCUGCAGCUGGUGGUGGAUCCCGGCGACCCCCGCGCCUACCUGGACAACUUCAUCAAGAUCGGCGAGGGCUCCACCGGCGUGGUGUGCAUCGCCACGGUGAAGAGCUCCGGCAAGCUGGUGGCCGUCAAGAAGAUGGACCUGCGCAAGCAGCAGCGCCGGGAGCUGCUCUUCAACGAGGUGGUGAUCAUGCGCGACUACCAGCACGAGAACGUGGUGGAGAUGUACAACAGCUACCUGGUGGGCGACGAGCUCUGGGUGGUCAUGGAGUUCCUGGAGGGCGGCGCCUUGACCGACAUCGUCACGCACACCAGGAUGAACGAGGAGCAGAUCGCCGCCGUGUGCGCCGCGGUGCUCAAGGCUCUGGCCGUUCUCCACGCCCAGGGCGUCAUCCACCGCGACAUCAAGAGCGACUCCAUCCUGCUCACGCACGAUGGGCGGGUGAAACUCUCGGAUUUCGGGUUCUGCGCCCAAGUGAACAAGGAGGUGCCGCGGCGCAAGUCGCUGGUGGGGACCCCGUACUGGAUGGCGCCCGAGCUCAUCUCCCGCCUGCCCUACGGCCCCGAGGUGGACAUCUGGUCUCUGGGCGUGAUGGUGAUCGAGAUGGUGGACGGGGAACCCCCUUAUUUCAACGAGCCCCCCCUCAAAGCCAUGAAAAUGAUCCGCGACAACCUGCCCCCCAAGCUGAAAAACGCACACAAGGUGUCCCCGUCGCUCAGGGGGUUCCUGGAGCGGAUGCUGGUGCGGGACCCCGGGCAGAGGGCGACGGCGCCCGAGCUGCUGCGCCACCCCUUCCUGGGCAAGGCCGCCCCCCCCGCCGCCAUCGUCCCGCUCAUGCGCCAGCACCGCCUGCGCUGAGGGGCACGGACCCCCCCGGGACGGCGGGGACCCCCCCGGGACAGUGGGGACCCCCCCGGACGUCGGGGACCCCCUGGACGUCAGGGAUCCCGCGGGACAUCUGGGACCCCCCAUGGACUUUGGGGACCACCUGGCUGCUGCUGUCCAGCUCCACACUGGGGUCCCCCCCAGUGUCCCCAUCACACACCCACAAUGGGGGGGGGACACGGGGACACCCCCCCGGGACAUCUGGGACCCCUCUGGACCUUGGGGACCGCCCUGGACCUUGGGGACCCCCCCCGGACAUUGGGGACCACCUGGCUGCUGCUGUCCAGCUCCACACUGAGGUCCCCCCAGUGUCCCCAUCACACACCCACAAUGUGGGGGGACACGGGGACACCCCCCCAGGACAUUGGGGACCCCCAGGGACAUUGGGGACCCCCCAUGGACUUUGGGGACCACCUGGCUGCUGCUGUCCAGCUCCACACUGGGGUCCCCCCCAGUGUCCCCAUCACACACCCACAAUGUGGGGGGACAGGGGGACCCCCCCCUGGACAUUGGGGACCCCCCUGGACAUUGGGGCCCCCCCAGCUGCUGUUGUCCCCGCCCUGGUGUCCCUGUCACACACCCGUGAUGGGGGGGAUGGGGGAUCCCCCCGAGGACAUUGGGAACCCCCCCAGGGAUUUUGGGGACCCCCGCAGUGUCCCCAUCACCCACCUGUGAUGGGGGGGACACAGGGACACCCACCUGUGGUGGGGGGACAUCGGGGACCCCCCGGCUGCUGUUGUCCCCGUCCCCCCCCGGUGUCCCUGUCACCCACCCGUGUUGGGGGGGACACUGGGGACCCCCCCAGUGCCGUCAUCCCCUGCAGUGUGGGGUCACCAGGGCCCCCCCAUCCCGGUGACCCCGGGGGGGCCUCGGUGAUGUGUCCCCCCCCCCCAUCACCUCUCAACUGGACUCACAACUUGGGGUGGGGGACACACACAGACCCCCCCAAACUACUGAGCUGGGGGGGGGGGGUGACGGGACACCAGGGGUGCCCCCCCCCAUGUCCCCUCCCCCCGGGGGGCUGUUGGGGGGUUGUGUGUGUGUGUGUGUCCCACUUAUUCUUUCUUUAAACCCCUUUUUUUAUCCCUGGGGGGGCCCCCCUGCAUCCGGCCCCCCCGCGGCCACACUACUGAUGGGGGUCCCCACCCCCACCUUUCCUUAGUUUGGGCUUUUUUGUUUGUCCCCCCCCCCCCCAUUUUAUUUCUUUUUAUCAGAACUAUUUAUAUCGUCGUUUUGUAACAAUGGGGUGGGGGGGGGGCAUGGGGACCCCCCCCCCCCCCGAGAUUACACGUGGCCUUUUGGAGACCC